UUACCUAGCAUAAUAUGUAAAGCAUUUUGCUUCAAAAUAUUUCAGCCUCAGAUCCGGAAAAUUUUCACGCCUUAGGACAUGUCUUUUUCCAAAUUAUAAGUAUCUGCAUAUUAUACCGAGAAAAUUAAAGGUGAAAAAGAGAUUGUGAAAUGAACAAGCAGACCAAGGAAUGGUCUCGAGCUCGGCUUUGCAAGCCCAAGGAUAAUCUUACCACAGAGGCUGGAAAACGGGAACGCUUUGUGCCAUCCUGCGAACUUGAGUACUCCCCCGUAUCGAUGUCUCACCUGAUUGGAUGGGAAUACGCCCGGAUUUGGCUACGCGAUCGCGAUAAAUUUAUCCAGCAACGUGAACGCGCAGUCAAAGCGAAAUAUAUCAAGAACGACUUCGAGUGGUGGUUGAAAUUGCGCAAAACAUCCAAAAAGUUCUGCAAAGUUGGGGCAUAAGUCCGGAAAAAAUAAUAAAAGUUUUGCGAUCUGGCA